CACAGGGUCAUGAUGGAGGUUCUGAAUGAGAAUGACAACAAACCAGGGUUCAUACAAAGUUCAGUACAACCACUGGAACUCAGCGAGCUGACAGCCGUGAACUCUGUAACAUUUACAGUCCAGGCUACAGAUGCGGAUGGAGACACACUCACAUACAUCAUAGAUGAAGCAUCGUCUGAUUCCAGUUAUUUUCGAAUGGACUUGCCCAACAGUGGCAGAGUGAUACUGAACAAAUCAUUGGAUUAUGAAAGCAAAACUCAGCUCCGACUGAUCAUUUAUGCAGUGGAGACGAACACAAAUGAGCACUACAGUGCGACAGCCACAGUAAUCAUCAACGUGACAGAUGGGGAUGACCAAUACCCACAAUUUCAGCCAUGCACUCUCCUCUCAGCCAAUCACAGCAACCGUAUAUGUGCCAACCCCCUGUAUAUGGCAAACAUCACAGAGAACGAGCAGGACAUAAUCUUGGAUUUCUCUCCGGGUCCGAUUCAAGCUGUGGAUGGUGAUGAGGGUCUUAAAACGCCAAUAACAUACACCAUCCUGUCAGGAGCAGAUAAUGGGAGAUUUGUCAUUGACAGUAGUUCUGGAGAAGUGAGGUUAACCAGAAGUGUGGAGAACCGAUUGCUGACACCAACUCUGAGACUGCGAAUUAUGGCAGCUCAAACGGAUGACCCUUUAAAGUACGCGGUUGCCACGGUUCUGGUAAGAGUUCUAGCAGAAAACAGAUAUCCGCCGCAAUUCAACCGUUCAGCGUACCGCGGCUUUGUAACUGAGAGCACAAGCCCUGCCUCCCUCGUCAUGACAUACGGUGACAAAUUACUUAUACUGGAGGCCACGGAUCAGGACUUCACAGAUGGCUUCAAUCCAAGACUGCAAUAUUCUCUAAGCUCUGUACACAACAGUUCUCGGCUCUUUUACAUUACACAAGAGGGAAUUCUCAUCUCUAGAAGUAACCAGCUACACCUCAACCACAAAUACUUCCUGGAGGUUAUCGCCACUGACCUGGAAUCAGGAGACAUUGUUAAAGCUACAAUACAUGUGGAAGUUCUUCAGAGAGGCCGGCCAGUUCCUCAUAGUCCAUUGGGGGUGGGGCAUCCAGAUGGCAGAGAGACAGUGGGCAGGACAGAGGGUGUAGCAGGAGUGUGUCUAAUCCUGCUGGCUAUUACCUUAUUUAUGCUGGUGCGGUGCAUAAGGAUGCGAAGAAAAAGGCAGGAUCCUGCCGACCUCGCCAAUGUGGCAGAAAGCAAACAUCCUAAUGUGACUCUGAGAUGGUUCCAGUUGGUAAACCAUGGCAAACCAAUGCCCCUUGUGGAGGAACCAUUCUAUCACAACGAGGCUUUCAGCGGAUAUGACUGCUCUACCUCACCUUUAUAUGGCACACAAGGCAUCUACACCAGAAUAGAAGAACCACCAACAAAAUCUGUCAUGGAGCUCAGAAACUAUUCGUCCGCCCUGCGGCUCAAUGGAAAGCCAAUGGACAGAUCCAACAGUAAAACGGUGUCAUUUCAUGAUUUCGUUGUGGUUCGGGAAUGCGAUGUUGAGGGUGAAAGCAUGCUGGACACUGUGGAGGAUAAUACAGAAGCUACAGCCUCAGUCUGUACUGAUUUAAAGGAAGUAAACACUGAUUAUGUCAAGGCAAAUGCUGAUUUGGUUACCACAGUGGACACAAGCGUAGCAGGAUUUAACACUGAAUCACAAAGAAUUACACAUUCUGAGUCAGAAAGGCUCAAUACACACUUAAAAAGAGUCAACACAGACUAUGACAUAACUAAACCUGAUCCAAUAGAGGUAAACAAUGAAAUAAAUCCAGACAAAAUGAGUCACCUUUUGCCUGGAGAAAACCAAGCAAGAAACUUCAACGAGAGUAGGCAAAAGGAUGAUACAGUUACACAAAGUUCGACGUUAGAAAAUGCCACACUAGAAGAAACAAAAGCCUCGAUUUCAGAGGCAAAUAUAGCAGUGGUAACGUGUUUGGCAAGCUUUGAGUCAGAUGCUAGCGGUAAAUCUGUUGAUCUUUACAAAGAUCCUCCAUAUUCAGCACCUGAGAGUUCGGUGGAACAGAUAGAACAAGCAGGAUUUCAAGAUAGAAGUAUCCAGAUAAGAGUCCAAGACACAGAUACACUAAACCAAAACAUCACUGACUACCAAGACUUGACAAAAGUACAUCAACUAAGCAAGACACUUGAUUCAGCUCACAAUAGAUCAAAACAUCUUACAGUUGAGACCGAAUACAGUAACACAGACUUAGAUCUAGCAAGAUCAAACAUUUAUUAUGUAAAUGAGGAUGUCGUAACAAACUUGGAUAACAUUAGCCCAGAAGAGAACCAGGAAUCUGCUUGUAACAUUGAUACAACUAAUGAUGAACUACAUAUCAAACUUGGCAUGAACAUGCAAGCAAUCACAGAUACUGACAUUCAGAGCGCAGAAUUGCAGGUAGAAAUUUUAAAUGAUCAACUCAACAAUGGAGAUUAAACCAAUGACAGUAGUGACUAGAGGUCGACCAAUAUAUCGGUUUUACCGAUUAAUCGGUUACAAUAGUUGCUUUUUUGAAAGUAUCGGUUAUCGGAAAAUACCAACACGAUAGUUGCCAAUAUAUAUGUAUACACUCAGCAAAAAAAGAAACGUUCCUUUUUCAGGACACUGUAUUUUAAAAAUAAUUUUAUAAAAAUCCAAAUAACUUUACAGAUCUUUAUUGUAAAUGGUUUAAACAAUGUUUUCCAUGCUUGUUCAAUGAACCAUAAACAAUUAAUGAACAUGCACCUGUGGAACGGUCGUUAAGACACUAACAGCUUACAGAUGGUAGGCAAUUAAGGUCACAGUUAUAAAAGCUUAGGACACUAAAGAGACCUUUCUACUGACUCUGAAAAACACUAAAAGAAAGAUGCCCAGGGUCCCUGCUCACCUGCGUGAACGUGCCUUAGGCAUGUUGCAUAGAGGCAUGAGGACUGCAGAUGUGGCCAGGGCAAUAAAGUGCAAUGUCAGUACUGUGAGACACCUAAGAUAGCACUACAGGGAGACAGGAAGGACAGCUGAUCGUCCUCGCAGUGGCAGACCACGUGUAACAACACCUGCACAGGAUCGGUACAUCUGAAUAUCACACCUGCGGGACAGGUACAGGAUGGCAACAACAACUACCCGAGUUAUACCAGGAAUGCACAACCUUCCAUCAGUGCUCAGACUGUCCGCAAUAGUCUGAGAGAAGCUGGACUCAGAGCUUGUAGGCCUGUUGUAAGGCAGGUCCUUACCAGACAUGCAACAACGUCGCCUAUGGGCACAAACCCACCUUAGCUGGACCAGACAGGACUGGCAAAAAGUGCUCUUCACUGACGAGUCGCGGUUUUGUCUCGCGGACGAGUUGGGGUGAUGGUUGGACUCGCGUUUAUCGUCAAAGGAAUGAGCAUUACACCGAGGCCUGUACUAUGGAGCGGGAUCAAUUUGGAGGUGGAGGGUCCGUCAUGGUCUGGGGCGGUGUGUCACAGCAUCAUUGGACUGAGCUUGUUGUCACUGCAGGCAAUCUCAACACUGUGCGUUACAGGGAAGACAUCCUCCUCUCUCAUGUGGUACCCUUCCUGCAGGCUCAUCCUGACAUGACCCUCUAGCAUGACAAUGCCACCAGCCAUACUGCUCAUUCUGUAUGUGAUUUCCUGCAAGACAGGAAUGUCAGUGUUCUGCCAUGGCCAGCGAAGAGCCCAGAUCUCAAUCCCAUUGAGCACGUCUGGGACCUGUUGGAUCGGAGGGUGAGGGCUAGGGCCAUUCCCCCCAGAAAUGUCCGGGAACCUGCAAGUGCCUUGGUGGAAGAGUGGGGUAACAUCUCACAACAAGAACUGGCAAAUCUGGUGAAGUCCAUGAGGAGGAGAUGCACUGCAGUACUUAAUGCAGCUGGUGGCCACACCAGAUACUGACUGUUACUUUUGAUUUUGACCCCCCCUUUGUUCAAGGACGCAUUAUUCCAUUUCUGUUAGUCACAUGUCUGUGAAACUUGUUCAGUUUAUGUCUUAGUUGUUGAAUCUUUUUAUGUAUUUACACAUAUUAAGUUUGCUGAAAAUAAAAGCAGCUGAA